AUGCCAAAACGCAAGCGCUCGUCCCCGGCCCCCGCCCAAUCGCGCGCCACAGACCCCCUUACCCGUCAAAAGAACCUCUGCACCGCACGCCUCACCGCCGCGCAAAAACCUCUCAUCGCCGCCCUCCGCCUCGGCGCGGGCUUCGAGCGCCAAAAGCACAGUCGGCGUAAGAAAACAGCUGUUGCCAAAAAGGACACCAAAGCGCUCGAGCGCCUCGAAGCCGAAUAUGCGACGCUCAAGGGCUUGGACAUGGAGAAGCUUGCGGACCAGCAUUUGCGGCGGACAGUGAGCAAGGUGAAGAGUUUGAGGGAGGCGGAGGCGCUGAAGGAGUAUGUCGAGGGCUUGGAGAAGGGAGGGGAGGUUACUACAGAACUGUUGAAUGUGAGGGCGAGAUUGUACAAGGUGGACGCGGUUAGAAAGGUGAUUGAUGAGGUUGUGGGCGAUCUAAAGGGUAUUUUGGGGGUAGGUGGGGGUGCUACCAAGGAAGUCUCGACGAAGGAUGAUGGCAAGGAGAAGAAGCAAUUGAAAGCUGUGGACAAGGAAGAUGUAGAUAUGUUGCAUGGUAGCGCUGAGGAGGGUGAUCCGUACGACAUCUUCAGCGCAAGGAUAGCAGCGCCUUCAUCUGGCGAGGAAGACAGCGAGGCUUCUGUAACAGAUGACGAACGACCACCGAGCAUAGGCGAAAGCGACAGCGAACACGACGAAGACGACGACCUUGAAGCUGGGUCCGCAGGCUCAGAAUCUGAAGCUGGCGCCGACUCCUUCGAGGCCUUUGAUGACGUCAAUGACGACGACGACGACGAUAACGAAACUGCCCAUGCAAAAGCCAGCACACACAUCACCAGCCUCUCCCGCUCCAUAGCCCCACCCUCCUACAUGAGCGACUCCGAAUCCGACUCCGACACUUCCACCCUCGCACCCAAGAAAAAAUCCAAACUCGACCUCCAACCCCCAACAAGCUCCACCUUCCUCCCAGGCCUCAGCCACGCCGCCUACCUCUCCGGCUCCGAGUCCGACGCCUCCGACCUCGACGUCGACAUCGCACCGCGCAAAAACCGCCGUGGCCAACGCGCACGCCAAAAGAUUGCAGAGGCGAAAUUCGGCGCUGCGGCCAAGCAUUUGGAAAAGCAGCGGCGCAAUGAGGGCUGGGAUGCUAAGCGUGGUGCGGUGGGUGAGGAGAAGCGCGGAGGUGCGCGUGGGCGCAGCGACAAUGUGGCUCGGGGUCGGGGACCGCAGCAGAGCGGGACGAAUGCAGAGCCGUUGGGUGACAGACGGGGUACUGGUGCUGGUGCGCCAUUGAAAAAGGACAGAGAUGACAAGGGGGUAUUACACCCCAGUUGGCAAGCAGCCAAGCAAGCCAAAGAAAGCAAGAAGUUGAAGAUUGAAAUUGGGGGGAUGAAGACGGCUAAGAAGGUGGUUUUUGAUUAG